AUGCUUCGUGUCUGCGCCAAGCAAGCUGGUUUUUUAGGACAGCCCGAAAGUCAGUGGAACAACGGUGCUAAGCUCAACUCUGAUAUCUACGCUGAUGUUGCCUCACGUUGGGAUUGCCAGGAAUAUUACGGUUAUGAUAAGUGGUUUGCCAGUCACCGUAACUGCGCUAUUGGCUUGUCGAACCCCAAUACGGAAGAUAUCCGCUUCUACCGUGAGUCUGUUGAGUGGAUCCAGGCGCAAAUCGAUUCAAAGUCUACUUACAAGACUGAUGAUACUCGCUUUUGGGUUAAUGUUACCCCUAUCUAA